GAGGCAGGUAGUUCGGUAGUUUCUACCGGGCUUCCAGAAGAUGGGUAAAGGUGGUGGGACACGAAUACCACUAUGGAUAUCAAUACUAGCCCUGGUCUUCACACAGAUCAAAGUUCAAGCCCAGGGUGGUGAACAACCAACAAAGUCAGAGUAUGUCUCUCCAUCUCUCCUGCAGCGACAAAAUUCUUUGAAAUCCCAAGGACUGACAAUCAUUCCACCUUUGCAAAACACACUGAAAGUAAAGGCUGGCAACCCCUCUCACAAUGGCCGUGUAUGCAGUACAUGGGGUAACUUCCACUUCAAGACCUUUGACGGGGACAUCUUUUACUUCCCUGGGGUCUGCAAUUACAUCUUUGCAUCCAACUGCAAGUCUUCCUACGAGGACUUCAACAUCCAGAUUAGGCGUGCAAUGGUGGAAAAUGCUACUGUGAUCACUCAUGUCAUCAUGAAGUUGGAAGGAGUAGUGAUCGAACUGACCCCCAGCUCUGUCCUGCUUGACAACAAAUUGGUCCAGAUGCCCUACAGCCAUAUGGGAGUCUUGAUAGAGAGAAGUAACAACUAUUUGAAAGUUUCUGCCAAGCUGGGACUGACCUUCCUUUGGAAUGGACACGAUGCCCUCCUGGUGGAACUAGAUAAGAAAUAUGCCAAUCAAACUUGUGGACUUUGUGGGGACUUCAAUGGAAUUCCAGUCAGCAAUGAAUUUAUUUCAGGGAAGACAAAACUGACCCCCAUACAGUUUGGUAAUAGGCAGAAGAUGGAUGGACCUACAGAGCAGUGUGAUGAUCCUAUUCCUCCUUCUUCUCCGAUGAACUGCUCUAGAGAAUUUGCUUCUAUCUGUGAGACAGUAUUAACCAGCAAAGCAUUUACAAGUUGUAACAUGCUCGUGAAUGUCCAGGACUACAUUGAAACUUGCAUACAAGACCUGUGCCACUGUGACAGCUCUAUGGCUGACUUCUGCAUGUGCAACACCUUUGCUGAGUACUCCCGGCAGUGUGCUCAUGCAGGUGGACAGCCCCUGAACUGGAGAACCUCAGACCUGUGCCCCAAAUCAUGUCCAUUCAACAUGCAAUACCAUGAGUGUGGCUCUCCCUGCUCUGACACAUGCAGUAACCCAGAACGAUCUGCACUUUGUGAAGAUCACUGUACAGAUGGCUGUGUCUGUCCUCCAGGAAUGGUAUUUGAUGAUGUUAAUGGUGCUGGCUGCAUUCCCCGCAGAGAAUGCCACUGUACCUAUGAAGGUGAAACUUAUGCUCCUGGUGCCUCCUUCUCAUCUAAAUGCAGAUCAUGUACCUGUGUUGGAGGUGAAUGGUCUUGUGUCACUCAGUCGUGCCCUGGGACUUGCAGUAUUGAAGGAGGCUCCCACAUUUCAACAUUUGAUGAGAAAUACUAUUCCUUCUUUGGAGACUGUAGUUAUGUCCUAACAAAGCUCUGUGACAGCAAUGAAUUCACGGUGUUGGGGGAUAUCCACAAGUGUGGCCUAUCUGACACUGAGACAUGUCUCAAGGGUGUAGCCAUCAGCCUAAACGGGGGACAAACGAACAUUGUGAUCCAGCCUUCUGGGAGUGUAUUUGUGAAUAUGAUCUACACACAGUUACCAUUCUCAGCAGCAAACGUCACCAUCUUCAGGCCUUCAUCUUUCUUCAUAAUACUGCAAACAAAUUUUGGUCUUCAGCUACAGGUUCAACUUGUGCCUUUAAUGCAAGUUUUUAUAGACCUAGACCCGUCACAUAAAGGGCAGACCUGCGGUCUCUGUGGAAACUUCAAUGAUGUCCAGACAGAUGAUUUCAAAACCACCAGUGGUGUGAUUGAGGGCACUUCAGCUGCCUUUGGCAAUACUUGGAAAACUCGGGCUGAUUGUCCUGAUGCCAAGAAUACCUUUGAGGACCCCUGCACUGUCAGCAUACAAAAUGACCAGUAUGCUCAGCACUGGUGUGGACUGCUCUCUGAUACCAUGGGACCUUUUGCUGAAUGUCACUCAACAGUGAAUCCAGAAGUUUACCAGAAGACCUGUAUGUUUGACACGUGCAACUGCGAGAAGAGUGAGGACUGCAUGUGUGCUGCCCUUUCCAGCUAUGUCAGAGCCUGUGCUGCUAAAGGAGUUCUUCUCACUGGAUGGCGGAGCAAAGCUUGCACAAAAUACACCACCUUGUGUCCGAAGUCCCUGAAGUACACCUACAAUGUCAAUUCCUGUCAGCCCACCUGCCGCUCUCUGAGUGAGCCUGAUGUCACAUGCAGCAUCAAGUUUGUCCCUGUUGACGGCUGCACCUGCGUAAAUGGAACCUACAUGGAUGACAGUGGCAAAUGUGUGCCUGCUUCUAGCUGUCCUUGCUACUACAAAGGAAUGCCUCUGUCUUCUGGAGAAGUUGUUCAUGACAAUGGUGUUGUCUGCACUUGCGCCUAUGGAAAGCUAAGCUGCAUUGGGGAGAAGCCUGAACCAGUCUGUGUGCCUCCCAUGGUUUAUGUUGACUGUGACAAUGUCACUGCAAAUGUGGUAGGAGCAGGAUGCCAGAAGAGCUGUCAGACUCUAGAUAUGGAAUGUUACAAAACUCACUGUGUCUCUGGCUGCAUAUGUCCUCAUGAUCAAGUGUUGGAUGGCAAAGGUGGCUGUAUAGCUCCAGAAGACUGCCCAUGUAUUCACAAUGGGAACUCCUACAGUCCAGGAGAAUCAAUCAGAGUUGGCUGUAACAACUGCACAUGUAGAAACAGAAAAUGGCAAUGCUCUGAGGAACCCUGCCUGGAAACAUGUUCUGUUUAUGGAGAUGGGCAUUAUACCACCUUUGAUGGCAAACGCUUUGAUUUUGAAGGAGACUGUGAAUAUGUUCUGGUCCAGAACUACUGUGGUCAACAAGCUAUGAAUCAGGGAACCUUCAGAGUCAUCACUGAGAACAUUCCAUGCGGCACUACAGGAACUACCUGCUCUAAGUCUAUUAAAGUUUUCCUGGGUAACUAUGAGCUGGUACUCAGCGAUGGACACUCUGAUGUCAUCCAGAGGACACCUGGAGGAAAAAUGCCAUUCCAAAUCCGUUCCAUGGGCAUCUACCUGGUGGUUGAUACUAGUGUUGGUCUGAUCCUCAUGUGGGACAAGAAAACCAGUAUAUUCAUCAAACUCAGUCCCAGCUUUCAGGGCCAUGUCUGUGGACUUUGUGGAAACUAUGAUGGCAAUGGAAAUAAUGACUUCACUACUCGCAGUCAGUCUGUGGUAGGAAAUGUGCUGGAGUUUGCCAAUAGCUGGAAAGUGUCUUCUAGCUGCCCAAAUGCCAAUCGUACACAGGAUCCAUGUACUGCAAACCCAUACAGGAAAGCCUGGGCACAGAAGCAAUGCAGCAUCAUUACCAGUGAAGUAUUUGGAAAGUGUCACUCACAGGUUGAACCAAAUGAAUAUUACCAAGCAUGUGUGGAUGAUGCUUGUGCCUGCGACACUGGAGGAGACUGUGAAUGUUUCUGCACAGCAGUAGCUGCCUACGCUCAAGCAUGUAAUGAGCUGGACAUCUGCAUAUCAUGGAGAACCCCGUCCAUUUGUCCUCUGUUCUGUGAUUACUAUAAUCCACAAGGGGAAUGUGAGUGGCACUACAAGCCAUGUGGAGCACCGUGUAUGAAGACCUGCAAUAAUCCAAGUGGAAAAUGCCUUCAUGAGAUGAGGGGUUUGGAAGGCUGCUAUCCACAAUGUCCAAAGAAUAAGCCCUAUUUUGAUGAGGAAACCAUGACCUGUGUUUCUAGUUGUGGUUGUUAUGAAGAUGGAAAAAAUUACAAACCAGGAAUGGAGAUGCCUUCAAAGCAGAAUUGCGAAUCAUGCGAAUGCACAAUUCAUGGCAAAAAAUGCAGAUAUGAUGAACAUGAAUGUGUCUGCAUUUAUGAGGGGCAGAAAUACAACUACAAGGACGUGGUCUACAACACUACAGAUGGCACAGGAUGGUGUAUUGUUGCAACCUGUGGUCCCAAUGGAACGCUUCAAAGGUUUAUCCAUUACUGUCUAAUGUCAACAUCACCCACAACAGCAACAACAUUUCACUUCAGCUCUACACCACCUACCACUACUUCCACAGUGUCACCAACUACAUCAGUAUGUGUUCAUGAAGUCUGUGAGUGGUCAGAAUGGUAUGAUGGGAGUCUACAAACCCCUGGCUAUGAUGGGGGAGAUUUUGAAACUUUUGAUGAUUUACGAGCGAAAGGUUAUGCAGUCUGUAAAGCCCCAAAGGCUGUUGAAUGCAGGGCAGAAAAAUUCCCUGAUAUACCACUGAAAGACCUUGGCCAAAAAGUAGAAUGCAGUACAACACAAGGGCUUAUCUGUUACAACAAGGAUCAAAUUUCAACAAUGUGCAACAACUAUGAGAUCAGAAUCUUCUGCUGUGUAUUUGUACCAUGCUCUUCCACAACACCUUUCAGCACAUCAACCCCAGUCACAACUACGACUUUGACAGAAACAUCUACUGAAACAACGUAUUCAGUUACUACAACUUCUGAAAGUACAACAUUCAUACCUUCAACUACUGAAGAAACAGCAACCACAACUAAGAUGACAACACCUAUCACCACAUCCCCUUCAACGAUUCCUCUUUGUUUCAAAGAAAAAUGUUACUGGUCAAGAUGGUAUGAUGUCAGUUAUCCAGGGUCAGGAUACAAUGAUGGAGAUUUUGAUACCAUUCAGAACAUAAAAAAUAAAGGAUACAAAGUCUGCGACAACAGAAAGGAUGUGGAAUGUAGAGCAGUACGGUUUCCUGAUACACCAUAUCCUCUACUAGAGCAACACAUUACGUGUAACACAGACGAAGGGCUGAUAUGUUACAAUAAAGAUCAACUGCCACCAAUCUGCUAUAAUUAUGAAUUAAGAUUUAAAUGCUGCAUAAACAUACCAGUAGAGUGCGAAACAACCCCUGAAAGCCUGAGUACAACAACACAACCAACGACACAUUUUUCAAGCAUAACAUCAAAAAUAGGACCAACGACUCUAAGCUUGCAAACAAAACACAAGACAACAACUGAAUACACAGUACCACCAAAAACAGAUUUCAUACAUACCAGAAUAACAUUAAAACCAACUACACAAACACAAAGAACCUAUAAAACAUCGAUAAGCAGCACAACAGAAAAAUCUACAAAAUAUUCGACUACCACCACCUGUGAACCCGAAGUGUGCACUUGGAGCGAAUGGUUUGACGUUGACUUCCCCUCCUCGGGGCCCAACCAGGGAGACUUUGAAACCUACCAGCACAUCCGCGCCGCCGGCAAGCGAAUCUGCCGGCAGCCAAAGGAGAUCGAGUGCCAGGCAGAGGACUACCCCGACGUAGCCAUCCAGCAGGUGGGACAGGUCGUGCAGUGCGACGUCCGCUUUGGACUGGUGUGCAAGAACGAGGACCAGACGGGCAAAUUCAAGAUGUGCCUCAACUACAAGAUCCGCGUGCUCUGCUGCACCCCCAACUACAACUGCUCAAUCCCCAUCCCCUCGACCACCACCAGCCCCACCACCAGCACCACGGGCAUAACCAUCGUGUCCUCCACCCCAGUCACCACCUCCACCUCCACGCCCUACAUCUCCAGCACCACCAGUCCCACCUCCACAGAAAUCAGCACCUCCACCACCACCACCCGCCCCACGCCAACGACGUCUACCACAUCCUCCUCCACCAUGUCCACCACCACCUGUGAACCCGAAGUGUGCACUUGGAGCGAAUGGUUUGACGUUGACUUCCCCUCCUCGGGGCCCAACCAGGGAGACUUUGAAACCUACCAGCACAUCCGCGCCGCCGGCAAGCGAAUCUGCCGGCAGCCAAAGGAGAUCGAGUGCCAGGCAGAGGACUACCCCGACGUAGCCAUCCAGCAGGUGGGACAGGUCGUGCAGUGCGACGUCCGCUUUGGACUGGUGUGCAAGAACGAGGACCAGACGGGCAAAUUCAAGAUGUGCCUCAACUACAAGAUCCGCGUGCUCUGCUGCACCCCCAACUACAACUGCUCAAUCCCCAUCCCCUCGACCACCACCAGCCCCACCACCAGCACCACGGGCAUAACCAUCGUGUCCUCCACCCCAGUCACCACCUCCACCUCCACCUCCACGCCCUACAUCUCCAGCACCACCAGUCCCACCUCCACAGAAAUCAGCACCUCCACCACCACCACCCGCCCCACGCCAACGACGUCUACCACAUCCUCCUCCACCAUGUCCACCACCACCUGUGAACCCGAAGUGUGCACUUGGAGCGAAUGGUUUGACGUUGACUUCCCCUCCUCGGGGCCCAACCAGGGAGACUUUGAAACCUACCAGCACAUCCGCGCCGCCGGCAAGCGAAUCUGCCGGCAGCCAAAGGAGAUCGAGUGCCAGGCAGAGGACUACCCCGACGUAGCCAUCCAGCAGGUGGGACAGGUCGUGCAGUGCGACGUCCACUUUGGACUGGUGUGCAAGAACGAGGACCAGACGGGCAAAUUCAAGAUGUGCCUCAACUACAAGAUCCGCGUGCUUUGCUGCACCCCCAACUACAACUGCUCGAUCCCCAUCCCCUCGACCACCACCAGCCCCACCACCAGCACCCCGGGCAUAACCAUCGUGUCCUCCACCCCAGUCACCACCUCCACCUCCACGCCCUACAUCUCCAGCACCACCAGUCCCACCUCCACAGAAAUCAGCACCUCCACCACCACCACCCGCCCCACGCCAACGACGUCUACCACAUCCUCCUCCACCAUGUCCACCACCACCUGUGAACCCGAAGUGUGCACUUGGAGCGAAUGGUUUGACGUUGACUUCCCCUCCUCGGGGCCCAACCAGGGAGACUUUGAAACCUACCAGCACAUCCGCGCCGCCGGCAAGCGAAUCUGCCGGCAGCCAAAGGAGAUCGAGUGCCAGGCAGAGGACUACCCCGACGUAGCCAUCCAGCAGGUGGGACAGGUCGUGCAGUGCGACGUCCACUUUGGACUGGUGUGCAAGAACGAGGACCAGACGGGCAAAUUCAAGAUGUGCCUCAACUACAAGAUCCGCGUGCUUUGCUGCACCCCCAACUACAACUGCUCGAUCCCCAUCCCCUCGACCACCACCAGCCCCACCACCAGCACCCCGGUCAUAACCAUCGUGUCCUCCACCCCAGUCACCACCUCCACCUCCACGCCCUACAUCUCCAGCACCACCAGUCCCACCUCCACAGAAAUCAGCACCUCCACCACCACCACCCGCCCCACGCCAACGACGUCUACCACAUCCUCCUCCACCAUGUCCACCACCACCUGUGAACCCGAAGUGUGCACUUGGAGCGAAUGGUUUGACGUUGACUUCCCCUCCUCGGGGCCCAACCAGGGAGACUUUGAAACCUACCAGCACAUCCGCGCCGCCGGCAAGCGAAUCUGCCGGCAGCCAAAGGAGAUCGAGUGCCAGGCAGAGGACUACCCCGACGUAGCCAUCCAGCAGGUGGGACAGGUCGUGCAGUGCGACGUCCACUUUGGACUGGUGUGCAAGAACGAGGACCAGACGGGCAAAUUCAAGAUGUGCCUCAACUACAAGAUCCGCGUGCUUUGCUGCACCCCCAACUACAACUGCUCGAUCCCCAUCCCCUCGACCACCACCAGCCCCACCACCAGCACCACGGGCAUAACCAUCGUGUCCUCCACCCCAGUCACCACCUCCACCUCCACGCCCUACAUCUCCAGCACCACCAGUCCCACCUCCACAGAAAUCAGCACCUCCACCACCACCACCCGCCCCACGCCAACGACGUCUACCACAUCCUCCUCCACCAUGUCCACCACCACCUGUGAACCCGAAGUGUGCACUUGGAGCGAAUGGUUUGACGUUGACUUCCCCUCCUCGGGGCCCAACCAGGGAGACUUUGAAACCUACCAGCACAUCCGCGCCGCCGGCAAGCGAAUCUGCCGGCAGCCAAAGGAGAUCGAGUGCCAGGCAGAGGACUACCCCGACGUAGCCAUCCAGCAGGUGGGACAGGUCGUGCAGUGCGACGUCCACUUUGGACUGGUGUGCAAGAACGAGGACCAGACGGGCAAAUUCAAGAUCCCCACCACCAGCACCCCGGUCAUAACCAUCGUGUCCUCCACCCCCGUCACCACCUCCACCUCCACGCCCUACAUCUCCAGCACCACCAGUCCCACCUCCACAGAAAUCAGCACCUCCACCACCACCACCCGCCCCACGCCAACGACGUCUACCACAUCCUCCUCCACCAUGUCCACCACCACCUGUGAACCCGAAGUGUGCACUUGGAGCGAAUGGUUUGACGUUGACUUCCCCUCCUCGGGGCCCAACCAGGGAGACUUUGAAACCUACCAGCACAUCCGCGCCGCCGGCAAGCGAAUCUGCCGGCAGCCAAAGGAGAUCGAGUGCCAGGCAGAGGACUACCCCGACGUAGCCAUCCAGCAGGUGGGACAGGUCGUGCAGUGCGACGUCCACUUUGGACUGGUGUGCAAGAACGAGGACCAGACGGGCAAAUUCAAGAUGUGCCUCAACUACAAGAUCCGCGUGCUUUGCUGCACCCCCAACUACAACUGCUCGAUCCCCAUCCCCUCGACCACCACCAGCCCCACCACCAGCACCCCGGUCAUAACCAUCGUGUCCUCCACCCCAGUCACCACCUCCACCUCCACGCCCUACAUCUCCAGCACCACCAGUCCCACCUCCACAGAAAUCAGCACCUCCACCACCACCACCCGCCCCACGCCAACGACGUCUACCACAUCCUCCUCCACCAUGUCCACCACCACCUGUGAACCCGAAGUGUGCACUUGGAGCGAAUGGUUUGACGUUGACUUCCCCUCCUCGGGGCCCAACCAGGGAGACUUUGAAACCUACCAGCACAUCCGCGCCGCCGGCAAGCGAAUCUGCCGGCAGCCAAAGGAGAUCGAGUGCCAGGCAGAGGACUACCCCGACGUAGCCAUCCAGCAGGUGGGACAGGUCGUGCAGUGCGACGUCCACUUUGGACUGGUGUGCAAGAACGAGGACCAGACGGGCAAAUUCAAGAUGUGCCUCAACUACAAGAUCCGCGUGCUUUGCUGCACCCCCAACUACAACUGCUCGAUCCCCAUCCCCUCGACCACCACCAGCCCCACCACCAGCACCACGGGCAUAACCAUCGUGUCCUCCACCCCAGUCACCACCUCCACCUCCACGCCCUACAUCUCCAGCACCACCAGUCCCACCUCCACAGAAAUCAGCACCUCCACCACCACCACCCGCCCCACGCCAACGACGUCUACCACAUCCUCCUCCACCAUGUCCACCACCACCUGUGAACCCGAAGUGUGCACUUGGAGCGAAUGGUUUGACGUUGACUUCCCCUCCUCGGGGCCCAACCAGGGAGACUUUGAAACCUACCAGCACAUCCGCGCCGCCGGCAAGCGAAUCUGCCGGCAGCCAAAGGAGAUCGAGUGCCAGGCAGAGGACUACCCCGACGUAGCCAUCCAGCAGGUGGGACAGGUCGUGCAGUGCGACGUCCACUUUGGACUGGUGUGCAAGAACGAGGACCAGACGGGCAAAUUCAAGAUGUGCCUCAACUACAAGAUCCGCGUGCUUUGCUGCACCCCCAACUACAACUGCUCGAUCCCCAUCCCCUCGACCACCACCAGCCCCACCACCAGCACCACGGGCAUAACCAUCGUGUCCUCCACCCCAGUCACCACCUCCACCUCCACGCCCUACAUCUCCAGCACCACCAGUCCCACCUCCACAGAAAUCAGCACCUCCACCACCACCACCCGCCCCACGCCAACGACGUCUACCACAUCCUCCCCCACCAUGUCCACCACCACCUGUGAACCCGAAGUGUGCACUUGGAGCGAAUGGUUUGACGUUGACUUCCCCUCCUCGGGGCCCAACCAGGGAGACUUUGAAACCUACCAGCACAUCCGCGCCGCCGGCAAGCGAAUCUGCCGGCAGCCAAAGGAGAUCGAGUGCCAGGCAGAGGACUACCCUGACGUAGCCAUCCAGCAGGUGGGACAGGUCGUGCAGUGCGACGUCCACUUUGGACUGGUGUGCAAGAACGAGGACCAGACGGGCAAAUUCAAGAUGUGCCUCAACUACAAGAUCCGCGUGCUCUGCUGCACCCCCAACUACAACUGCUCGAUCCCCAUCCCCUCGACCACCACCAGCCCCACCACCAGCACCACGGGCAUAACCAUCGUGUCCUCCACCCCAGUCACCACCUCCACCUCCACGCCCUACAUCUCCAGCACCACCAGUCCCACCUCCACAGAAAUCAGCACCUCCACCACCACCACCCGCCCCACGCCAACGACGUCUACCACAUCCUCCUCCACCAUGUCCACCACCACCUGUGAACCCGAAGUGUGCACUUGGAGCGAAUGGUUUGACGUUGACUUCCCCUCCUCGGGGCCCAACCAGGGAGACUUUGAAACCUACCAGCACAUCCGCGCCGCCGGCAAGCGAAUCUGCCGGCAGCCAAAGGAGAUCGAGUGCCAGGCAGAGGACUACCCCGACGUAGCCAUCCAGCAGGUGGGACAGGUCGUGCAGUGCGACGUCCACUUUGGACUGGUGUGCAAGAACGAGGACCAGACGGGCAAAUUCAAGAUGUGCCUCAACUACAAGAUCCGCGUGCUCUGCUGCACCCCCAACUACAACUGCUCGAUCCCCAUCCCCUCGACCACCACCAGCCCCACCACCAGCACCACGGGCAUAACCAUCGUGUCCUCCACCCCAGUCACCACCUCCACCUCCACGCCCUACAUCUCCAGCACCACCAGUCCCACCUCCACAGAAAUCAGCACCUCCACCACCACCACCCGCCCCACGCCAACGACGUCUACCACAUCCUCCUCCACCAUGUCCACCACCACCUGUGAACCCGAAGUGUGCACUUGGAGCGAAUGGUUUGACGUUGACUUCCCCUCCUCGGGGCCCAACCAGGGAGACUUUGAAACCUACCAGCACAUCCGCGCCGCCGGCAAGCGAAUCUGCCGGCAGCCAAAGGAGAUCGAGUGCCAGGCAGAGGACUACCCUGACGUAGCCAUCCAGCAGGUGGGACAGGUCGUGCAGUGCGACGUCCACUUUGGACUGGUGUGCAAGAACGAGGACCAGACGGGCAAAUUCAAGAUGUGCCUCAACUACAAGAUCCGCGUGCUCUGCUGCACCCCCAACUACAACUGCUCGAUCCCCAUCCCCUCGACCACCACCAGCCCCACCACCAGCACCCCGGUCAUAACCAUCGUGUCCUCCACCCCAGUCACCCCCUCUACCUCCACCUCCACGCCCUACAUCUCCAGCACCACCAGUCCCACCUCCACAGAAAUCAGCACCUCCACCACCACCACCCGCCCCACGCCAACGACGUCUACCACAUCCUCCCCCACCAUGUCCACCACCACCUGUGAACCCGAAGUGUGCACUUGGAGCGAAUGGUUUGACGUUGACUUCCCCUCCUCGGGGCCCAACCAGGGAGACUUUGAAACCUACCAGCACAUCCGCGCCGCCGGCAAGCGAAUCUGCCGGCAGCCAAAGGAGAUCGAGUGCCAGGCAGAGGACUACCCCGACGUAGCCAUCCAGCAGGUGGGACAGGUCGUGCAGUGCGACGUCCACUUUGGACUGGUGUGCAAGAACGAGGACCAGACGGGCAAAUUCAAGAUGUGCCUCAACUACAAGAUCCGCGUGCUCUGCUGCACCCCCAACUACAACUGCUCAAUCCCCAUCCCCUCGACCACCACCAGCCCCACCACCAGCACCACGGGCAUAACCAUCGUGUCCUCCACCCCAGUCACCACCUCCACCUCCACGCCCUACAUCUCCAGCACCACCAGUCCCACCUCCACAGAAAUCAGCACCUCCACCACCACCACCCGCCCCACGCCAACGACGUCUACCACAUCCUCCUCCACCAUGUCCACCACCACCUGUGAACCCGAAGUGUGCACUUGGAGCGAAUGGUUUGACGUUGACUUCCCCUCCUCGGGGCCCAACCAGGGAGACUUUGAAACCUACCAGCACAUCCGCGCCGCCGGCAAGCGAAUCUGCCGGCAGCCAAAGGAGAUCGAGUGCCAGGCAGAGGACUACCCCGACGUAGCCAUCCAGCAGGUGGGACAGGUCGUGCAGUGCGACGUCCACUUUGGACUGGUGUGCAAGAACGAGGACCAGACGGGCAAAUUCAAGAUGUGCCUCAACUACAAGAUCCGCGUGCUUUGCUGCACCCCCAACUACAACUGCUCGAUCCCCAUCCCCUCGACCACCACCAGCCCCACCACCAGCACCCCGGUCAUAACCAUCGUGUCCUCCACCCCAGUCCCCACCUCCACCUCCACGCCCUACAUCUCCAGCACCACCAGUCCCACCUCCACAGAAAUCAGCACCUCCACCACCACCACCGCCCCCACGCCAACGACGUCUACCACAUCCUCCUCCACCAUGUCCACCACCACCUGUGAACCCGAAGUGUGCACUUGGAGCGAAUGGUUUGACGUUGACUUCCCCUCCUCGGGGCCCAACCAGGGAGACUUUGAAACCUACCAGCACAUCCGCGCCGCCGGCAAGCGAAUCUGCCGGCAGCCAAAGGAGAUCGAGUGCCAGGCAGAGGACUACCCCGACGUAGCCAUCCAGCAGGUGGGACAGGUCGUGCAGUGCGACGUCCACUUUGGACUGGUGUGCAAGAACGAGGACCAGACGGGCAAAUUCAAGAUGUGCCUCAACUACAAGAUCCGCGUGCUUUGCUGCACCCCCAACUACAACUGCUCGAUCCCCAUCCCCUCGACCACCACCAGCCCCACCACCAGCACCACGGUCAUAACCAUCGUGUCCUCCACCCCAGUCACCACCUCCACCUCCACGCCCUACAUCUCCAGCACCACCAGUCCCACCUCCACAGAAAUCAGCACCUCCACCACCACCACCCGCCCCACGCCAACGACGUCUACCACAUCCUCCCCCACCAUGUCCACCACCACCUGUGAACCCGAAGUGUGCACUUGGAGCGAAUGGUUUGACGUUGACUUCCCCUCCUCGGGGCCCAACCAGGGAGACUUUGAAACCUACCAGCACAUCCGCGCCGCCGGCAAGCGAAUCUGCCGGCAGCCAAAGGAGAUCGAGUGCCAGGCAGAGGACUACCCCGACGUAGCCAUCCAGCAGGUGGGACAGGUCGUGCAGUGCGACGUCCACUUUGGACUGGUGUGCAAGAACGAGGACCAGACGGGCAAAUUCAAGAUGUGCCUCAACUACAAGAUCCGCGUGCUCUGCUGCACCCCCAACUACAACUGCUCGAUCCCCAUCCCCUCGACCACCACCAGCCCCACCACCAGCACCACGGGCAUAACCAUCGUGUCCUCCACCCCAGUCACCACCUCCACCUCCACGCCCUACAUCUCCAGCACCACCAGUCCCACCUCCACAGAAAUCAGCACCUCCACCACCACCACCCGCCCCACGCCAACGACGUCUACCACAUCCUCCUCCACCAUGUCCACCACCACCUGUGAACCCGAAGUGUGCACUUGGAGCGAAUGGUUUGACGUUGACUUCCCCUCCUCGGGGCCCAACCAGGGAGACUUUGAAACCUACCAGCACAUCCGCGCCGCCGGCAAGCGAAUCUGCCGGCAGCCAAAGGAGAUCGAGUGCCAGGCAGAGGACUACCCCGACGUAGCCAUCCAGCAGGUGGGACAGGUCGUGCAGUGCGACGUCCACUUUGGACUGGUGUGCAAGAACGAGGACCAGACGGGCAAAUUCAAGAUGUGCCUCAACUACAAGAUCCGCGUGCUCUGCUGCACCCCCAACUACAACUGCUCGAUCCCCAUCCCCUCGACCACCACCAGCCCCACCACCAGCACCCCGGUCAUAACCAUCGUGUCCUCCACCCCAGUCACCCCCUCUACCUCCACCUCCACGCCCUACAUCUCCAGCACCACCAGUCCCACCUCCACAGAAAUCAGCACCUCCACCACCACCACCCGCCCCACGCCAACGACGUCUACCACAUCCUCCUCCACCAUGUCCACCACCACCUGUGAACCCGAAGUGUGCACUUGGAGCGAAUGGUUUGACGUUGACUUCCCCUCCUCGGGGCCCAACCAGGGAGACUUUGAAACCUACCAGCACAUCCGCGCCGCCGGCAAGCGAAUCUGCCGGCAGCCAAAGGAGAUCGAGUGCCAGGCAGAGGACUACCCCGACGUAGCCAUCCAGCAGGUGGGACAGGUCGUGCAGUGCGACGUCCACUUUGGACUGGUGUGCAAGAACGAGGACCAGACGGGCAAAUUCAAGAUGUGCCUCAACUACAAGAUCCGCGUGCUCUGCUGCACCCCCAACUACAACUGCUCGAUCCCCAUCCCCUCGACCACCACCAGCCCCACCACCAGCACCACGGGCAUAACCAUCGUGUCCUCCACCCCAGUCACCACCUCCACCUCCACGCCCUACAUCUCCAGCACCACCAGUCCCACCUCCACAGAAAUCAGCACCUCCACCACCACCACCCGCCCCACGCCAACGACGUCUACCACAUCCUCCUCCACCAUGUCCACCACCACCUGUGAACCCGAAGUGUGCACUUGGAGCGAAUGGUUUGACGUUGACUUCCCCUCCUCGGGGCCCAACCAGGGAGACUUUGAAACCUACCAGCACAUCCGCGCCGCCGGCAAGCGAAUCUGCCGGCAGCCAAAGGAGAUCGAGUGCCAGGCAGAGGACUACCCCGACGUAGCCAUCCAGCAGGUGGGACAGGUCGUGCAGUGCGACGUCCACUUUGGACUGGUGUGCAAGAACGAGGACCAGACGGGCAAAUUCAAGAUGUGCCUCAACUACAAGAUCCGCGUGCUUUGCUGCACCCCCAACUACAACUGCUCGAUCCCCAUCCCCUCGACCACCACCAGCCCCACCACCAGCACCCCGGUCAUAACCAUCGUGUCCUCCACCCCAGUCACCACCUCUACCUCCACCUCCACGCCCUACAUCUCCAGCACCACCAGUCCCACCUCCACAGAAAUCAGCACCUCCACCACCACCACCCGCCCCACGCCAACGACGUCUACCACAUCCUCCUCCACCAUGUCCACCACCACCUGUGAACCCGAAGUGUGCACUUGGAGCGAAUGGUUUGACGUUGACUUCCCCUCCUCGGGGCCCAACCAGGGAGACUUUGAAACCUACCAGCACAUCCGCGCCGCCGGCAAGCGAAUCUGCCGGCAGCCAAAGGAGAUCGAGUGCCAGGCAGAGGACUACCCCGACGUAGCCAUCCAGCAGGUGGGACAGGUCGUGCAGUGCGACGUCCACUUUGGACUGGUGUGCAAGAACGAGGACCAGACGGGCAAAUUCAAGAUGUGCCUCAACUACAAGAUCCGCGUGCUUUGCUGCACCCCCAACUACAACUGCUCGAUCCCCAUCCCCUCGACCACCACCAGCCCCACCACCAGCACCCCGGUCAUAACCAUCGUGUCCUCCACCCCAGUCACCACCUCCACCUCCACGCCCUACAUCUCCAGCACCACCAGUCCCACCUCCACAGAAAUCAGCACCUCCACCACCACCCACCGCCCCACGCCAACGACGUCUACCACAUCCUCCUCCACCAUGUCCACCACCACCUGUGAACCCGAAGUGUGCACUUGGAGCGAAUGGUUUGACGUUGACUUCCCCUCCUCGGGGCCCAACCAGGGAGACUUUGAAACCUACCAGCACAUCCGCGCCGCUGGCAAGCGAAUCUGCCGGCAGCCAAAGGAGAUCGAGUGCCAGGCAGAGGACUACCCCGACGUAGCCAUCCAGCAGGUGGGACAGGUUGUGCAGUGCGACGUCCGCUUUGGACUGGUGUGCAAGAACGAGGACCAGACGGGCAAAUUCAAGAUGUGCCUCAACUACAAGAUCCGCGUGCUUUGCUGCACCCCCAACUACAACUGCUCAAUCCCCAUCCCCUCGACCACCACCACUACGUUCCCUUUUAUUACCCGAAGUGAACCUAUCUUUACCAGUCCUCUGCCUCACAUUUCAACUACGCCUUGUUUCUGCAAGAUUGGCGAUGCUAUUUUUUCACCUGGUGACUUGAUUUACAACGAAAUGGAUAGUGAAGGUUGUAGAUUUUAUGCCAUCUGUAGCCCGACAUGUAAUAUUGAACGACAUGCUGUGCACUGUAAUGUCAGUACUUCACCUGCCACUACUUCCUCAGAGUGGUCUACAAUAACAACAUCAGCUCCUCUGCCUCCCACAUCUCAAAGUAUUGGUUUUCAUGGUUGUGUUUCCCCUAUUUACCCUCCGUUAAAACCUGGAGAAAGAUUCAAAUUAUCCAACUGUACAGAAGUCAUCUGUAAUGGAGACAAUGACAUAGAUGUACUUCCAACGUACUGUCCACCUGUAAAGGAAAUUACCUGUGCAAACAAAUAUCCUCCAUUGCUGGUACCUGAUGAAAAUGGAUGCUGUUACCGAUAUGAGUGUCAAUGUGUGUGUAGUGGAUGGGGUGAUCCUCACUACAUUACUUUUGAUGGAACCUAUUAUACCUUCCUUGAAAACUGUACUUACGUCCUGGUGAAACAGAUUGUCCCUAGAUAUGACAACUUCCGUGUUUAUAUUGACAAUUAUUACUGUGAUUCAAAAGAUGGACUGUCCUGCCCUAAAUCCAUUAUUAUUUUCUACAAAUCUGCAGAAGUGGUGCUGACUCGUGAACUCAUGAAUGGUGUGAUGACCAAUGUGAUGUACUUCAACAAAAAGAUUGUCGAACCAGGCUUCAAAAAAGAUGGCAUUUCUUUCUCCACUCUUGGCAUUAAUAUGAUUGUUGAAAUAGAAGAAAUUGGUGCUGUCAUCACCUUUAGUGGUCUAAUUUUCUCUGUGAAGCUUCCAUAUAGCAAAUUUGGCAACAACACCGAAGGACAAUGUGGAACAUGUACAAACAAUAAAGCAGAUGAAUGUCGUUUACCAAGUGGUAAGAUCAUUUCCUCCUGUCCCCAAAUGGCUCAUCACUGGAUUGUUGACAACAACAAGUCAUGUCAUGGAGUACCAGUACCACCAACUAUAACCACACCUCCACCAAAGCCGCAGUGUCAAACACCUCCACUCUGCAAGCUUAUCUUGAGCGAGGUUUUUGCAGAAUGUCAUACCGUGAUACCACCGGAACCAUUUUUCAAAGGCUGUGUCUUUGAUGGAUGUCGCAUAGACGAUGAAUCCAUGCAGUGCUCCAGUUUGGAGAUAUAUGCUACAGAGUGUGCUGCUAGAGGUGUCUGCAUUGACUGGAGAGGAAUGACCAACAAUACAUGCUCAUUCAGCUGUCCAUCAAACUUGAUAUACAAGCCUUGUGGGCCCAUUAAUCCAGUCACCUGUGACGAAAGCUAUGAGCGUCCUGGCUAUGGAGUAACUGAAGGCUGUUUCUGUCCUGAAGGAAUGACACUCCUGCGUGCAGAGAGCAACAUCUGUGUCUCUGAAUGUUUCUGUAGAGAAUCAAAUGGAAUAUCCAGACGGCCAGGAGAAAAAUGGACAAAAGAUUGCCGGGAAUGUGUCUGUGACAAAAAUACUCUUAAGGUGAAGUGUACAAAACAUGAAUGUUCUCUGACACAGCAAGUAUUUUGUGAAGAACCAGGUUACAUGCCUGUUCAGAUACAGAUGCCAGAAGAUCCAUGCUGUACUAGGACUGAGUGCUACUGCAACACAAGCCUCUGCCCUGACAUCACACCCCAGUGUUUAGAGGGACAGGAAAUAAUCACAGUAAUGCCACCUGGAAACUGCUGUCCUAUCUUUGAAUGCAGACAGGGCUGUGUAGUCAACGAAACCUAUUAUGCACCUGGAGCUGCCAUUCCAUCAGGCCCCUGUGAAGAAUGUACCUGCUCGGAAUCCUCUCGGCCUCACCACCCUAGGGUGACGUGCCAGCCUGUUAUCUGCGACACAUACUGCCCACUGGGCUAUAAAUACACAGUGGAACCUGGACAGUGCUGCGGCACGUGCAAGGCAGCAGCUUGUGUACUGACCGUGGGAGACAACAUUACACACGUGCUUCAUGAAGGAGAAUACUGGAAUCCACCUGGUGAUAACUGUACUGUUUACACAUGUGAAAAACAUGCUGACCAGUUCAUUCAAGUCAUCAAAGAGGCAAGCUGUCCUGCCUUUAGCCCUGAAGAGUGUGAUCCAGAUGAUGUCAAGUUAUCUGAUGAUGGCUGCUGUCUAGUGUGCAGAAGACUACCUAAACUUUGUAUGAAGCACAAUAUGACUACUGUCAUCAACUAUAAUGGCUGUGUAUCUCCUGCACCUGUUGAGAUAACAUACUGUGAAGGCAGCUGUGAUGCUUACUCACGAUAUUCUCAAACGACAAACACAAUGGUGCACAAAUGCUCGUGUUGUCAGGAAAUCAAGACCAGCAAAAGAAAGGUGACUCUGACAUGCAGUGACGGAACCUUCCUUGAUCACUCCUACACCUAUGUAGAGAAAUGCAGCUGUGUGGGUGCUGAGUGCGUUACCCAAGACAACACCCAACAGCAGACACAGCAGAUAAAGACCUCUCAGGAGCAAGCGAAUGUCAAAAAUUAGAACUAGAGAGAAGUCCUCAAACAAGGGCUGAGCAUAAGACUAAAUAAAGAAACUUCAAAAAAUACAAAAGUGUCAAGAGCAGCUAAAAUUUUGGAUGAACAGAUGAUGUUUUCUGCAUAGACCCCCAGUAUGUCUGUCUACAGAAUUUCAGUUUUCAUUAUCAGUAUAUCUCCCGUUGUUUUUUAUGUUUUUUCUUUUACACCUUGAGGGGUACAACACAAGUUCAUCUUAACAUUUUCUGUUCAUUUGUCUUCUGAGAAGUGCUGGACAUUUAAAAACAUUUUCAUUCCAGUUCACUGAGAAAAAAUCAAAAGACAAAUCCAGAAAACAAACCAAACCCAAGGAAAACUGUACCCCUCUGCUUCUAUAUGUUUCUUUUUUUGUUGAGGAAAACUCAGAGUGCAGAAAAUCAUAUAGUUUCAAACCUAUAAACUUCAAUAUUUGAACAAUUUAUGAUGGACGUAUUUCCCUACGUGUUUUUGUGAGGAAAAGGAAAAAAUCCUAUUGUGAGAAGCUGCUGCACACUACUUUUUGUUUACAUAAUACCAUCAGCAUAGUAGCUGUAUGAAAAUAUGGAUUUUUUUAUUUUGUUUUGUU